UGUACUACUGUAGUACCGUCCAGUCGAGUUUGUGGCGUCCUCGAUUGUGGUUGUGUUUUUUGUUUUUGCAACUAAUUUUAGAGAUUUAAAAAAACUGACUUCGAGUUUACGUCUGUAUAAAUGUAAAUUCGUUGCCAAUUUUUCUUUCCGAAAUAAUAAGGCGAACCGUCGAUCAGUAACCAACCGUAAAACGACUUAAAAAUUCAAAAAUUCGUUAAAAAAAUCAGUUUUAAUUUAUAUCGUUGAAAAAAAAAAACAAAUCAGCAACUGUCAACAUGUUUAACGGAAUCACUAGUCAGAUGAGUAGUUGGAUUGGUAAAAAGCAAGAAGACGUCGAAGAAACUGUACCAUCGCCUAAAACCGAAAUGCCCGAGGAUUUUAUUGAUAAAAAAGUCGAUUUAAGGUGGGUAAUUUAAACUGUACAAUGUAUACAUAUAUGUACCUUUGUGUAGGUAAAUAUUAUAUAAGUGAUUCUGUAAUUUUUGUUUUUUUCUUUAGUCCUACAAAACCACCGCCUAGUAAACUAGAACUGUUGGGCAACGUGAAAAAUCAAAUGUCAAGUUGGUUGGGAAGUGGUAUAUCUGGUUUGCGUAAAAGUGACAGUGAAGUUGUACCAGACCCUCCUGCAGAACUUCUACAAGAGCCUACUAAAGAGAAAGAAGAUGAUAACUCCAGGUAAGUUACAGAUUUAUAUUAUAUAUAUAUAUAUAUUUAAUACAAUUUUACUUACCAUGUAUAUUUUAUUUUAGUGCUACCGGGGAUCCAGAUACUCCUAUUUCAGAGGGAGAAGAUGAUUUGGGCAAUACACAAAGUGGAAAUGGUUAGUACCUAUAUUUUAUAAGUCUUUAAAUUAAUUUAGACAUUUUUUUUAUUUUUUAAAAUUUAAGUACCUAUACAUUUAUUAAGAGAUUAACAUUUCAAUAAUGAAAACUUUUAUUUGAUAAUUUACUCUGUUUUGAUCAUAUACAUUAAUAGGUAAUAAAUACAAAUAAAUAAUAGUACCUAAAAUAUAUUUCAUGUUUUUAGUAUCAACAAAAGCUAUCCAAGGGGCAAAGUCAAUAGGAAACUUCUUGUACAGUGCUGUGAAUAAAGCCGGAAAAACUGUCAGUGAAGCAGGGGCCAAGAUCAAGAAAACUGUUGGAGAAAAUGUAGGUUUUACAAAAAUACAAAAUUCUAGUUUAUUGAUAUCUUUAUAAUCUUUCAGUUGAUACAUGAUAUUAAUAAAAAAAAUGAUUUAAAGUAAAUCAAAAGUAGGUAUAGGUAGAUAUAAAUUUCCAAUAUUGAGCUUAGAAAUAAUAAAAACAAAUAAAUUUAUUUCAAACAGUUGCACAACCUGUGUGGGGGAGUUGUUUUGGGUCUCAGGACAUCCCUCCCUUCAUCCAUGUAUUAUACAUUUAUUGAACUGCAAACAUUUUUUUUAAAUACAAAUAUUUAAUUACAACUUUUAAACUUAGAUUUAUAAUAUAGGUAUAAUAAUAAGAAAAGUAAAUAUUUAAAGUUUUUUAACAAUUUAAUUUGAAUGAUAUUGGUAAAAUUAGAUUACAAGCAUAAUAUUAAUACAUUUAAUUUUUGUGAAAAGGCUGAAUGUAUUAAUUUUAAUUUUAUUAGUUCUUAGAUAAGUUAUUAUUAGGUAAUUAAUAAUUUCUAAUAGGUAUAUAAAUAUUAAUAAACUAAUUUAUAAUGUAUAGCUGAAUUUUUAAACUUACUUAUAUAGUUAGGUCAACUAUUUAAUCAUGCCCUAUUUCAAUUUGUUAUUUGCUCAUAUUACCACCCUUUUAUGGUUGUGGUGCAGUAUAGAUAUUACGGAAGUGCUUAAAGGGAAGGGAUGCUGUUUAAUAGCAGUAGCAGUUUAUUGAUCCACCCUAUCCCCUUGCAUUUCCCUACCCUGCUUACUGUACGGCUUAAAGCAACUUCCAACCUUGACCUAAUAUUACAAUAAAAUUUUAAGUAAAUAAUUAUAUUAAAUCUAAUUCAUUAAAUAUUUGUAAAUAAUAAUAAUCAGUAUAAAAAUAAUAUUAGUUAGUAUUGAUUAUAUUGUUUAAAAUUAGGUUAGAUCAAAUCCCACUAUUAAUUCAAAAUUUGUUGAUAAAAAAAUAUUUUCAAAAAAUAUCAAUUGUAUUAAUGUUUUUAAGAUACAAUUACAGUUCAUUUUAAAGUAUAUAAUGAAAAUACAUGUUUAUAAUUAAAAAUCUAAAAUUUAAAAUUACAAAAAAAUACUAAAAAACAACUUAUUUUACCAUAAAAUUACACUAAAAUAUUAAGAUGUUAAAUCUAAUAUAUUAUCUGGUAGAUCCUGAGACUUGACAUAAACCUGCCAAUUGUUGCUAACCCAGAUAAGAGGCCAUCUGGGUAUUAUAUUAACGUAUCACCCCUCGGGUAACAUAUAUUAAAUAAAUGAACUAUAAAUAAUAAUCAUAAGUUAAAAGUUGUAAAAAAAUAAAUUAAGUUUAAUAAAUGUUGAAAGAAAAUUAUAUUUAUAGAAAUUUGUAUUUUUAAAUUUAUCUAAGACAUUUAUUAUUAUUUUUAUUCUUAAAUUUGUAUGAUGCAAACAUUUCUAUAUUUUUAAACAUAAGUUGUCCAAUUAUCUGUAUUUGUAAUUAUUAAAGCUAGAGCCCUAUAUAGGUUUCCUAAUUAAAGCUGUUCAAAUAUUUGUUUAGUAUUAAAUUUAAAUGUCCAGAAAAGUAUGUUUUAUUUUAAUUUAAGGUAUAAAACAUAUUUGCAAAUUGGUAAUUGUUUGAAAAUAAAAAAAAAAUACAUAUUUUCCAAUUCAAAAAUUUGAAAAAAAAAAAUUUAAUACAAUUACUAGGUGUAAAAUAUCUUUUGUAGGUGCAAAAUAAAAAUUGUAUAUUUAUAUUAUAUUAUAUUGAAAUGUUUGAUCAAAAAAUCAUUAAAAAAAAAAAAAUGUUUAAGUUUUCAAGUCCUAAUUAUGAUGUAGUGUAUCCAACUUACUUCUAAUUCAUGUAAGACAAAUAAAUAUUUCUUUCUCAUCACUUUAAUAUUAAAAAUUAUAACCAAUAAAUUAUUUACUUAAUGUAUAGAAUGUAUAAAUUGACUAUUUAAUAUUUAAAAAAAGAGCUGAUACUGGGGAUGGGAGCGGCCACUGUUGUAGGUGAGAAGGUAGGAUACAAAAGGUUAUUUCAUUUAUAUCUGUAAGCAACGGUGAACCAUUGCUUGACGAAAGACGAUUCCAAGCAUAGUUCGGUAAUACAUAAUUUGAAGUGGUGUAAUUUUUUUUUUGCAAAUUUUGUUUAAAUUUGAUUUCAAAACGUUUAUUCCAAAAAAAAAGUUGCCCAAUAAUUUUGGACAUUCUAUCAUGCUAGAUAAGUCUAAUAUAAAUAUUAUUACCAAGUUUCAAGUCUCUAAGUGUAUUUAUAACCGAAUCACAGCAAAAACACUCCCAGAAUUUAAAACUCCUUAAAAGCUCAAAAGUUUUGGCUGGCAAUGAUACUGUAAGAAAGUAAAUCAAAAUGGUGUUUUGUGAUUUUUCGAUUAAAUAAUUUUUUUGGUGGAAAACAUCAUGUGUGUUUUUAUAAAAUAUUGAAAUUGUGAAAGUUUUUUCUCACUUAAGUGCUUUUAUUUAAAAAAUGACCACUCUAAAGUACAAUCUAUAAAAUAUGAGCUUUCAGAAAAGUUCCUACACAGAAAAUUUGAGCAAGUUUACUAGGAAAUCAAUAAAUAAUUAAAAAAAUAAAUAUUUGUUUAAAUAUAGAGAUCACGACAGUAAAUCCUCAAGGAACAUUAUUUAUGUAGACAGAAAAAAAAUAUUUAAACAAAAUUAUUAAUCCAUUUUGAUUUUGUUAGUUGUAUAAUUUAUAAGGGUAAUAUUUUUAGGGUAUACUUGGAGAGUUAAACAAAGAACAAGAAUCAUUUUUAAAGGAUAAAAAAGAUAACGAGGUUGCUGCUGUUCCACCAUGGAUUGGUCAUUCAAAUGAAGAAACCGUUAAGGCUGAAUGUCUUGCUUUGUCAACAGUUAGUAUAGAAUUAUAAUUAUUUUUUUUUUUUAAUAUUAAUAAUAUGAAAGUUACUUAAUAUUUAAUUAAUAACUUAGUUAUUUAAUUGCAAUUUUUUUUUAAGAAGAAACAUAUUAAUUUCUUAGACUUUAAAUUUAUAAAAGUUUACUGUUUUAGAAUUAUAGACAUAUUAUUUUUCUAUAAUUUAAAUGCCUAAAUUAAAGAAAAUUAUUAUAAUAGUUUUUGAAAUUGGUAAAAACAAACAAAUUAUAUAAUUUAUUUUUACUAAAAGUUAUAAUAUUAAAAUUAAUUUAUAAAAAAAAUAGUGUACUCAAAUGUGAUAAUAAAAACCAAACUAGAGCCAUAUUCCUUAUGGUUUUAACUUUAUCAACAUUAAUGUUGAACAAUAAAUAAUUAUGUUUCAAAAUGUACAGGACAACAGGUAUAUAUUCAAAUCUUACAAGUAUUUGUAUUUACUUUAAGUUAAUAUAUUUAUUUUAUGCAUACUUGUACUUAUAAUUUAAUUAAUUGCAUAAUUAAAUAUUUUAUUUUAUUUGUAGGAUAGGCGCAAUUUUGUACGCAGUCCUCCAGUAGGUGUAGAUUUCAGUUUCAAUUAUGAAACAUCUUAUCCCAUCGCUAUGGCUAUUUUAGCAGAAGAUCCAAACUUAGAGAAAAUGCGAUUUGAUCUUGUUCCUAAAGUGUAAGUUAUAAUUUUAUACAUUUAAUAUAAGAUUACUUAUUAUAAAAUUUAAAUAAAUAAUAAUAAUUUUUAGAAUAAACGAAGAAAAUUUCUGGCAAAACUAUUUCUACAGAGUCAAUUUAAUUUGCAACGCAAGCAAUUUGGAAACACUCGAUCCUACAGACUACAAUACAGUAUCAUCAAAUGUCAAUUCUGAAUUGACAGGUAAUUAAAUAAAUAUUAUUAUAGUUAUUAAUUAUGAGGUUAAAAUAUGUGAUUAAAAUUUGUUUACACUGUUGUUUAGUAAACAUACUUAAUUUAAAUUAUUUAUUCAUAAACAAACAAAUUAUCAUCAAUCCCUAAAUACUAGGGUUUGUUUAUUUUAAUAAAAGUAUGAUAAAGCUGUUAGUAUUUGUUUGCAUGUUAUCAUCUUUUGCUGUUCAAAUUUUUUUUAUUUAGCAAAUUACUGCACCUUUUAUUUUAUUUUGCUGAGUAGGUUCGUGUUAUUAUUUUGCAUUUUUUUAAAAUUAUUAUUGUAACAAUAGACACCGUGAACAAGGAUACUUACAAUUAUGUGAAAGAAUCAGAGUUUGUAUCCGACACAUUUGCAGAACAUGAUGCAAAUGAAAUAAAUGAAAUAAGGAAAAGCCUGCAAGAAAGUUUGGGUGUUAAGUCUUCAGAUAAUGGUAAGUAAAAGAAAAAAGUACAUAUUCAAAGAAUAUAAUGAAUUUUCGAUUAAAUAUAACUUAAAAUUUAAUUCAAAUUUAGGUUUUAUUAAUUUUGUUUAUUUAGUAUCUUUUAUUUAUAUAUAUAUACUUAAUAUUUAAAAGAAUUUAUCAUUUACUAUUAAAAUAAAGAAUUAUUUAGACAUGGCAAAAAAGGCCUAUUUAAUAAUUUAAAAUAUUAUAAUUACAAUGAAGAUAUCACUAAAACAGUUACAAAUUACACUUCAAAUCUCCACUGAAAUAAUUUUGUAGGUAAUUUUAAAUACAUAAUUAUUGUACCAUAUUUGUUUUUCUAUUGAAAAAUAUAAUGUUAGUAUGCUAUAAGAAAAUAUGAUGCAUGUAAUUCAAUAUUAUAUUUUAAUUUUAAAUGACAACACAAUAUUUUUAUUCUGUUCAAAUACAGACAUGUAAAAAACACACACAUAUUUAGUUUAAACGAACGUAUGUAAAUAUCAGACUAAUUGCAUACCAUUUUUUUUUCUAUUUUAUGUUGAAAAAAUAUGUUUACAGAUUGGUUAAGGAUGCCAUAUUUAUUUGUAGUUUGAUGCACUAUUAUACAAUUUCUAUCCUUAUAUUGCAAUUCUAAUAUCAAAAUUAUUACAAUUUAGUUACUAAUACUUUUUCCAUCUGAAUGCAUGAUGGCUUAUAAAUUAUAAUAUACAUUGCACAAUAUACUUUUUAGUUAACACUACCAAUGUUUUAAAUGAACAAUAGGAAUCACUUAUGUUACAUCCAAUUCUUAAAGAGUAUACAUUUUUGAUUAACUAAUUCACAAAGUUGGUAAGUAAAGACAAUUUUACAACUUGAGGGAAUUUAAUAACAUUGUGAGUAGUUAUAUUAGAACAGUUUUCCCAAACACUCCCUAUUUUUGGUUUUAUUUUUAUUAAAAUUAAUAUUUUAUAUACUAUGCAUAUUUUCAAACAUACAUGAAAUUCAUUCAAGUAUGUGUGUAGACUGAAUGUAUUUCUAAACAAAUAUGUGUGUGUGUGUAUUGUGUUAACAGCUUGAAACGAUGUCAACAAAUUGCAACCACAAGACGACUAUCUUUAAGCGCUUCGCUUCCAUUCCCCCUGAAAAGCGUAUUUUCUCUUCUAUUCGCUUUUCCUACAUCCAAUGUGCAAUAAUAAUUUAUACCUUUACAUCUAUAAAAGUAUUUUUCUCCUAUCCUUGUGUUUAUUAAAAAUUUUCGGACCCGGUUUGUAGAAGAACAUUGGGAACAUGAACUGGAGACGGAACUACAAGAGUACGAGAUAGUCAAAACCAGUGACGAAAGUCAAACAGACAAUACAAAAACUGCAUCCGGGGAAAUAUAUGACCUCAAAUAAUAAUUAUUCAUUACAUAGUGAGAAAGUUUCAACAAUAUUGUUAUAUAUUAAUUUUUUUUUAAGGCUGGUGUUCUAAUGUAGAAAAAAAAAAUAGACUAUUUAAGUAAACGAUUGACUGUUUUACAUUUUAUUUACAACAUUUCUAUUAUAUAAUAUACCAUACCUAAUCUAAAAUUUAUUACCAUUUACGGUAAACUUAAUAAAAAAUCACAUUCAUGUUGUUAAAUUAGUGAUAAUUUAUUAUUAUUAUUAUUAUAAUUAUUAUUAUAUUAUAUUAUUAUUACAAUAUAAUUAUACAUGAUUAUUAUAUCUUAUAAAGCAAUAAUUUGUUUUUGUUAUUUAUUUUAACAUAAUAAUAAACCCAAGAUACAAUAUAUUUUUCAAACAUAAUACAUAAAUUGUAAGUAUAAAUUAAAACAAUCAAUAAACGUGUAUCAUACCAUACAAAAAUCUGUCAAUAUAAUAGGUUAAGAAAAAAAUG